UACCAGUUGGUUCGUCGGUCGGUGGUCGAUUCAGUCUGAGAGGAGUUUGCCAGACGAAGGGACCGACCGAAAAGUUCUCGUGCGCGGCCCCAAUCGUCUGCGAAAACCGACUUGAAAUUUGCAACUUUUUGGCCAAUUAUUCAAGUUGUGAAAUUGUGUAGUUUGCGGGAAACGUGAAUUUUGAGGAAGAUUUUCGGCUUUGAGUUGUGGUAACAUUGUGGGGUGUUUUCUAAAUUUGAGGAUGACCUUUGUUGACCACUGCUGGGCUUCCAGGUAUCGAACAAGUCGACGGAGUUUGGCCCCGUGAAUUCUUCGAAUUUUGGACCUUUACAAAUCUGAGGAUGCUGCUAAUUCGACCCACCCAGCGGUGAAUUAUCAAACCAGAAGAAGCUUCAACCUGUAUUGUGAAGGGAAAAAAGUGAAAUAGAUCAACCAAAAUUUGUGAGCGAAUUUAAAAAUAGAAAAUAAUAAUAAUCUGAAUUCCGUAAACAGUGCUGCACCAAACGACGCUAAUGACGUGUUAAUCUGUUUGAAAACAAGAUUUUCAUCUAAUUAAGUAUGCUUGCUCGUGUAUGUUGAGUGAAAAUCUUUUUGAAGGUUUCCGAAAAAAAUGAAAUCUUUAUAGAAAUCGAUCCUAGACUUUCCAGCAAAGUGCGAAAGUCAGCGUUUCGAGAGCGAGGAAAAUCCAAACAAUUUUCCAAAUCGAAGAGAGCCAGAGAGUGAAAAGUGCGCGUGAGAUAAAGUUUUCCACCGCGCGCUCUCCAGCGGCAAAGGUGUGUUGGUGCGCCAGAUGUGACGACCACAAUCGAGGAAAGAUUUUGAUGUUCAUCGGACAAGAUCUGCUCUGCCCGACUUGUCUUCCGGUGACAGCAGCCGCGGCGUCAGCAGUUUGUUUUCGUUGCGUUCUGAUAACGUAAUAAACAAAAGUCAGUUCGCCACACGCUCUCUCCUCUCUCAUCACCCCGCACUCGCUCUCUCUUUGUUUUCCCUCACCAUCGCCCUCUCGCGUAUAAAAUUCUCACGCUGAUAACGACGACGACGAGUAGGCGGCGGCGACGGCUGCUAGUGUGUUGGUGUGUGUUUGUUUGUUGUACUUGGAGUUCCGAGUGCAAGCGACCUCGGUGCGGCAAGCAUUUAACAAGUUGGUUCAAAGGGAAAACCCGGAAGUGUGUGGCGCACCGGACCGGAGGAGAGGACGGGAAAAAGAGCAUUUCGAUAUCUGCUGAAACACACACAGAAAAAACUUGAGCUCAAAUAAAUUGCGCUAGAAUCAUCACCACCGGAGUGACAAAUCUCUCUUUUCCCGAGUGGAACAGGUCAAAUUGGAAUACGCUUUGCAGUCAAAAUGAACUGAACGAAAAGUUUUCGCGGUUACGGUCAACCCUAGCCACACUCGCGGGAGGUCUUCGAGGACAAAAAUCCGUAACGGUCCGGGAAAAGAAUCUCCAAAAUGGCCGAUUCCGUCAGGACAAUCCACCGGAGUGACAGUGCCACGCUGAUGAACGCCGGUGGCGGAGUCAUGGGGCCAGGAACCGGCGGUGGACCAGCCCACCACGGCCACUACGAGCUGACCGAGGUAUCCGUGGUGGACAUUAACGCAUCGUUGGCCGCCUCGGCGCCCCUUCUGCCGACGCCACUGGCCAGCGCAGCAGCGUCGUCCUGUCCCGUGCCACUUCCGCCGUCAUCCGGAAGUGGUAGCGCAACUACGGCUGGAGGCGCCACGACCGCGACGGGCUUCAGCAAUUUGUUCAACCUGUCCAACAGUGCGGACCUGACGGCGGUCGCGUACAACUCGUACACCCAGAACGUGCGUUGCAAGUCGCCACCGACGCUCGUGGACAAUCUCAAAAACGGGACCAUUGGAAACUCCCAGAGCGCUCUCUGCAACGGGGCAAUCAUGACGAACGGCCAGACCAAAGACUCGAACCUACCGCACGGGCUGGUACGGAAGGUCCUCAACAACAGCGAGAACGGCCAGAAGAAGGGCAUGGUGUCGCUCACCCAUCUACCAAAGAGGCCCCCGAUCGACAUUGAGUUCGCCGAGCUGGCCUACUCGGUGCCCGAGGGUCACAAGGCCCACAAGCGCAGCUACAAGACGAUCCUCAAGGGCAUCAACGGCAAGUUCCGGUCGGGCGAGCUGACCGCCAUCAUGGGCCCGUCGGGGGCCGGUAAGAGCACGCUCAUGAACAUCCUCGCCGGUUACAAAACAUCCAACCUGAUAGGAUCGGUGCUGAUCAACGGCAAGGAGCGCAACCUGCGCAAGUUCCGCAAGCUGUCCUGCUACAUCAUGCAGGACGAUCGGCUGCUGCCGUACCUCACCGUACGGGAAGCGAUGAUGGUCUCGGCGAACCUGAAGCUCGGCAAGGACAUUUCGCUCGAGCUGAAGCGCGAGAUCGUCGAGGAGAUCAUCGAAACGCUUGGUCUGCUGGAGGCGGCCACCACGUUGGCGCUGAACCUGUCCGGCGGCCAGCGGAAGCGUCUUUCGAUCGCACUGGAGCUAGUAAACAACCCACCUGUAAUGUUUUUCGACGAGCCGACCAGCGGCCUGGACAGUGCGACCUGCUCGCAGCUGAUUAAUCUGCUCAAAUCGUUGGCCCGCGGAGGCCGCACAAUCGUCUGCACGAUCCACCAGCCGUCGGCGCGUAUCUUCGAGAUGUUUGACAAUCUGUACGUGCUGACGGAGGGCCAGUGCAUCUACCAGGGCAUGGUCAACGGACUGGUUCCGUUCCUAGCCUCGCUGGGACUCGAGUGUCCCGGCUAUCACAAUCCGGCGAAUUAUGUCAUGGAAGUGGCCUGCGGCGAGCACGGUGACUGGAACAGCAAACUCGUAACGGCGGUCAACAACGGCAAGUGCAACAACUACAACCAGCCGCUGCUAGUGAAGAGUAAAUCCCAGAAGAACGUCGCACUGGAGCGUGACUCCAGCGUCGAUCAACCACCGCCGGCGGAAAAGAUCGUCCUAUCGCUCGGCGCCGGCGAGGACGAUCUGGUGAAACCAUCCGCCAAGGAGUUCACCACGAUCAACAUGCCAUCUGCGGGCGCCGAACAGCCGCUCAACAACGACGGCAACAAGUUCUCGUCCGUACCGAACAGUAAACCGGCGAUGGUCACCACGGCCACGAUGACCGAGGAAACGGGAAGUUCCGUCGUCACGAGCACCACCGCCGUAGGUUCAAACGCAUCCACAGCCGGUCCCGGAUCCACCGGGAUGCCACUCUCGGUGUCCUCGUCCAAGCCCACGUGCACCACGUCCCUGCUCGACUCGACCGAGAGCGUCAGCAUAGCCGUGCCCAAGAAGCUGACCGGCUUUCCCACCUCGGGCUGGAUGCAGUUCUGGAUUCUGCUCAAGCGCACCUUCAUCACGAUCAUGCGCGACCAAACGCUGACCCAGAUGCGCCUACUGUCGCACGUGAUCGUCGGCGCCAUCAUCGGCAUGAUCUACUACGACAUCGGGAACGACGCGGCCAAGAUCAUGAGCAACGCGGGCUGCAUCUUCUUCACCACCAUGUUUACGAUGUUCACGGCGAUGAUGCCCACGAUUCUAACCUUCCCAACGGAAAUGGCCGUCUUCGUGAGGGAACAUCUCAACUACUGGUACUCGCUCAAGUCGUUCUACUUUGCUAAAACGGUCGCCGAUCUUCCAUUUCAAGUCCUCUUCACCAGCGUGUACGUGAUCGUCGUGUACUACCUGACGUCCCAGCCGAUGGAGCCGAAGCGGGCCGGAAUGUUCGUGCUGAUCUGCAUCCUGACGUCGCUGGUGGCGCAAAGCUUGGGCCUGCUGAUCGGGGCCGGCAUGAGCGUCGAGACGGGCGUCUUCCUCGGCCCGGUGUCAACCAUUCCGAUCAUCCUGUUCAGCGGGUUCUUCGUCAACUUUGACGUCAUCCCGAAGUACCUGCAGUGGCUGACGUACGUGAGCUACGUCCGGUACGGCUUCGAGGGCGCGAUGGUCUCCGUGUACGGGAUGGAGCGGGCCAAGCUGCAGUGCACGGAGAUUUACUGCCACUACCGGAGCCCGCAGAAGUUCCUCGAGGAGAUGUCGAUGGACAAGGCCGAGUACUGGAUCGACGCGACCGCCCUGUUUGGCUUCUUCAUCGGGCUGCGCGUCAUCGCGUACUUUGUGCUGCGCUGGAAACUGCAUUCCAUCCGUUAAGAACCUACCAAACUAAUUAUUAGCCACACUCUAUAGAGUAUAUAGAAUAGCAAGUAUAUCCCAUCUCUCUCUGUCUGUCUGUCUGUCUGUGGUCAUGUGUAUUUUCACCAUUUACAAAACCUAUAAUAUAGGCUCGUAUGUUUUUUUUGUAAGCGAUAUUGUGCGCCCGAUAUUAAGUGAUUGUUAAGACACAUGCUAGUGCAACCAUUCGAUAGCAGUAUAUCGAAGAAAUGCUUUAACUUAAAGGGGGAUGAUCAAUUUAUCAAACAUGAUUCGGAACAACCAUCAACUGCAUGCAAAUCCCAGUGUGUGUAAAUCGAACAUCAAUUAUACUGUAAAUAGAGAGUUGAAAUUAUGAAAACGUAUACUCCUCCGUACGACAAGACGCAAUGUGCUGCCAUCCCUCGAUGUCUCUAUAUAUCUCUCUCUCUAUUUAAAAGAUAAUACACAAAAAUAGCUACCAUUCUUCGUAAAACCAUUAGUAAAAGUAUAACCACUCAGAUUGAAAAACUGAUUAUCCCUGUGUGUGUGCAACCUUAAAAGCUAAAUAUUAAAAACCAAAACGGUGAAAUUUAUAUAAAAUAUACACACAAAAGAAGACCUCACAUCACCACACGGAGCAUACGAACAAAGACACACAUUUACAAUCACACACACGAACCACUCUCGAAAACAAUGAACUCACCCACACGAAAAUAGCGCGCCCACACAAAUAGAUGAAACCACAAACACGAAAACAAACACACACACACACGUUUAGUCAAAAUUUAUCCAUCUCUAGCGGCUAGGGCAGCAAAACUGCAAAUAAAAAGUAAAAACCACAUAGAAAUCAAACCAGCUGAUAUCCAACAGUAAGUGUAGCGAUUAAGCGCGAAACCUCGGCGAGAACCAUUCAGAAGCGAGAGAUCCAAAACCAAAACAAAGAUCAUGCUAAAAUUAUACACCCAAUUGAAAAGAAAUCGAGCUGCGUGAUAGAGAAAGUAUCAAUUGAGUUGCAUUUGCCCCUGAUUGAAUCAAAAAGUUCAUAUAUUUUACCAAAAAAAAGGAAAACAAAAAGAAAAGGAAAUCGUAUCAAAUUACACGCCGGCAGAACGUGUCAUAUUUAAGUUCUAUAUUUAUUCUGCUAAACAGUGAAAAAGCCAGACCGUGCUUUAUGUUUACCGCGGGGGGUGUGUUACACUAACAGAUUGGUGAUUUUUGGUAGUUUGUAGAUUAUUUGCAUUUGGAUUUGGGAGCAGAGAGAUUCGAAACAGGAACAAUAUCAGAACAUAGUAUUUAUAUACAUCUUAGGUUCGGUUUAGUUUACAGCGCUCCACGCCCCACACAAUCCACUUUAGGAGCUACAUACGGAAGAGAUGCGAGGCGAUACGUGAGCGAUGGGUGGAUUCGGAGAAAGGGGAAAAGAACAGCGCGGGAAGAGAAAAAAGGGCGAAGUGAAUUGAGGAGCGGAAGGAAGUUAGGCAGAAAGAAAGGAAAGGAAAUCAAAUAAAACAUUUUGUCUGGUGAUUUUUAGCUGCGAAUUAGUGUGAUAUGAAACUUGAUUUCACCAAUUUUUAAAAUAAGAAAA